AUGGUGAAUACCCCGACGACUCCAACGAGGAACAAGUUCGGCGUCGAUCCGCGCGACAAGUCCGCGUUGCACGAGUUGCUCUUGAAGACGUAUGCCACAGCGCCUCCUCGUGUCGAACGUGAAGUCGAAGAUUUCCUUAUCGAAGUGGGGUUCCUCAGGCCAAGGAUUAAGACACCUAGUCCAAAGGUCGUAUUGCAGAAACCCAGAGGGAGCCUAAUUAUUAACCCUUUCAAGCUGAGACGGGCUGUUCAAGAAUUGCCUGCCAAAACUAGCGCCUCAACUACCUCAGAGGUGUCAAAGUCGACUUCAACUCCAUCGAAAGCUAAGUCAAGCAAUCUCUUCAAAAGCUUCGCCUUGCCGAAGCGAAGGAAGACUACCGACUCUGCAACUCGGGCUCCGAAAUUAUCUACGACUCCAGCCAAGCCCGUCCGUGCCUACACAACGCCUGCUUCGCCUCGAUCCCGAGCGGUGGUUCCAAGAAGGCGAAGCCACAACGCCACGACUCUCACCAGGACCAUUACCAAACCCAGGUCGCCUUCUGAACACGGGGUCACCGGUGCACAGUCUGGUCUAAAGAUCAAGGGUCCCAUCGAAGACUCAGACAUUGGGAAGAUGUCUCCCAAGCCCAUUGGUCCACGCAGGUUGUCCAAGGUAGAGAAUCUGGCCCAAGAGGAGGAGCAGAAUCAAAGAUACGAAGAAGCACUCGCGGCUUUCAAGAUCUACAUCCCCAAGAGCCCUACUGCCCCUCCUCCCUUCGCGCCGUCGAAGUUCUCUCAUACUCGACCUGUCAUCCGAAACACUCAGGUAUCUUCGCUCUCUGGUACCGAACGCAAAGGAUCUCUGGCUGUCGUCGAGCUAAAGGACCAAGGCACCAUCAAACCCGCUCCUCUGGCCACAGGUGGCUACAACUCGAUAAACGGAAAAGUGGCUACGUACCUUAAACGUACCACGCUCGUAGUGUCCAUCCUCGUCCUGACCAUCGUUACCCUAUUCGUCGCAGCGCGUUGUCGGACGGGUCCCGUCGAGUUGCGUUAA